GAGAAUAGCGUUGUAACUUAACUGUAAUCCUGGAAGGAGGCUAUUUAGAGCUGGUGCCGUGGAAUGGAAGAAAUUAGCUGAUGCAUGUUUGAAUUUGAGAAGCGUGACUUCAAAGGCUUGUACGCGAGACAUUCUCCAAACUGCUCACUCGAAUUGACUUCUUAGCGUCUGCUAGCUUUGUGGCAAGACUGUGGUUUCACAGUUAUACAAUCUUCGCAAAAGAAUUCUAAACAACAGAAGGCCAGUUCUUAAGGCAUUCAGGGAACAUCAAAACUAACACAACGUUAACGUCGAUGCACAAUUUUUCGGCAUUCUAUUUUUUAAGCCCAAUGGGAAAACUGUAAAAUUAUUGUGUGUUUUCCGCCACUAUAUACUUCAAACAUGGUUGCUUCUGAGAGAAAAUUGGACAAGGAUAAAGGAGACCACAAAGUCACCUUCACACUGACCGUAGCUUUGGCUUUUCCGACAGGUAAACUUAUGUAUUGUUUAAAACAUGUGGGAUUCGCUUCAAGUUCAUAGCAUAGUAUCAAAUUACAUCGGUACUAUAAAAGCGAAGUCUUACAACCCGUAAUCAUAUUUCUCAAGUCAACACAGUGUUUACAUAUUCUUAUGCGAGAGAAUGUUAGAUUUAAUAUUGAUCUAAUCGGAGAAAUAGGAAGAGGUGGCAUUUCACAGCUAUUAAAAGAGAAAUCUUGGGGAGAUCGUCAUGUAAUAUGUUAAUUCUUCCUUUAAGUCAACUUUUAAAUUUGACUCCACAUCAACAUGUAUUAAUUAGACAUUAGGUAAUGUUUCCUUAUGCCUAUGGACAUCUUGCGGAAGAUGCCAAUGUCUUUGGGAUACUUUUUCCAACAUGGCAAGCACAGGAAGAGAGCAAAUUGGGAUUGGGAACGGGCCAGCGAGGAAGAAGGAUGUCCUCACCCCAGUCUUUAAGAGUUUGCUAGCAGGAUUGCCAGUACAGCAUGUGUUUUUGGUAACUGCUUGCGAAGGUUGUCUUAGGGCCUGUUUAUAUGAGGUGAGCCAGCCUGGUUGGGCAGUUUGGCCUGCUUUACCAGGCUGGCUUAGCUAAAGCCUUUUUUCUUCCUAGAAUUGUGGUUGUGUUUAUGAGAAGGCAGGCUGGCCGGCUUUCCGAAAGCCCUUUACUCCGAGCCUGUGAAAUCCAGGGGGUCCAGCACCGGAUCCCAUUAAAAAAGGAUUUCUUAGUUCUCCCAAGAGCAAAAGUGAGGUGCCAAGGGCCACAGGGCACUGCUAGAGCACAUGGAGUGCCCUUCACAGGUGCACUGCCAUAUGUUAUGUGAAGGUAUGCAGAGGGUGGGUGGGUGGUCACCAUCAGGCUGGGAGCCUGACGAUCUUCUCUAGAAGUGCAUUUCAAGAAAGAUCACAAAAAAAUUAAUAAUAGAAAUGAAAAUGCUGUAAGUAAAACAUUUGCCAAUAGGAUGACACAUUCAUGUUUUAUACCUACAUUUGCUUUUUAUCUUUUGUCUUUAUUUCAUGAAAGUGUUGAGAAGUAAUUUUGACAGACUUAAAAAUAACAUUAUUUACUGCAGGCACCCACACUUUGUGAAAACUUGAUGGCCAUUUUUGCCUGUUAAUUAACUAUUGUUUUUGUUGAUCACUUACAGAUGACAGUGAACAUCCUAAACCUGUUACACGAGGUAUAGCUCCUUUGAAGGCAAAGCGCAAACUGUUUGAGGCACCCAAACCACAUUACUAUUACCAUCUGGAAUACAAGUUGUUUCCAACAGACACAGAACCAAUCAAAGCUGAUGUUGUAACAUAUGAUGUUGCAGCCAAGAUCUACUCCGAGAGUGACUCCAAGGUGCUGAAGACUUGGAGAGAUGGAGACAAGAUGUGGGUUACUUGGACACACAGGUUGGUUUAUUUUUUUAUUUAUUUAUUUAAUUUUUUUUCUCACCAUGGUGAUUUGAUUUCGUUACCUUUUUUCCAAUAAGCACCCCCUUCUCUUCACUAAUGAGUGCCCCACCUCAAAUAUGUUUUUGUUAAUAAGUACCCCUAUUCUAAUAAGCACCUCUGCUACCUUAAACAGCUAGCCUGGCUUCUGAAAAUUCUGACUGGGAAAGCAGGAAUGCCCAUUAAGACAUUUGCUUUGGACUUUUUUUCUCCAUGUCCCACGUACUUUGCCACCUAGAUAAUUUACUGGAAAUUUUUUGCCCAUGGGAAACCACCUACAUUUUUUCAAAAUUACCUGUGUUAUUCAGCCACACAGCCACUGUCACCAAAGAUGUUCUUCUGCAGCUGUUCAGCCAUUCCAUGGAACUUAAAAUUUGGGACACAAAAGACAAGGUGUCACCACGUGCACGCUUUGAUCGCCCCAAAGCUUUUAGGCUCCCUGCAUCCAAGGGCCCUGAAGAAUCAGAGAGCUCAAGCAAUGGAGGAGUGCAGCAGCUUGUCCUCAGUCAGCAAGAAUCAUUUGAAAACAAUCAGCCUAAGGACUCGCGCAUUUUUGCAGGUAAUCAAGUCAGCUGAAUAAAGUUGAGUUAAAGUAUGGCCUCUAAUAAGUUUAUAUAAUUUUCACCAGCAGAAUUAUUGUCAAGACAAAUCAACAUUACUCAUUCUUGUGGAUUCUAAGUCUUUACCUUUGCAAGCCACCUUGAGAUAUGGCAUUAUUACUCUCUGGGUAUUAUUGCUGUCACUUAUUUGAUGUCACCAAGUACCAGCAUAAGUAUGCUGAAGUACAGCAUAUUGCGGAUACACCUAGCGUCCAAAUGCGCAAUGUUUGGCCUCACUCUCCCCAAGUUGUUUUCAAAGCUGAUCUGCAUGACUUCAUUCCCAUGAUACUGGUUGAAACCUCAAACAGCUGAGAAAUUUUACCUGACAUUUUUGUUCAUGAUGAACCAUAUAAAAUCUUUGAUCUGGAUCUGACAAACCAGGUUGAAUUUUACCUCUGUUCAGUGGUUUUACCAUCUGCCAAGGUACAAAACAUUUCUCAAAUAUGGCUGCUGAUUAUUAAGUUUCCAGUACUGUUAUAUUAGGUUAUGAGUUUGAAUCCAACUAGAUGAGUAUCUGAGUUUUUUCUGACAUAACAUGUCUUCAUUUGGAAAUUAAUAAUAAGAUACAUUGUACGUACUCUCUACUUAAACCAUAGGCGAUGCCAGUACCUCAGAAUCUAAGCGACAAAAUCAAACAGCUCCACGUCAGAAUGGAUUUACAGGUGUAGCUUCAGUUACUGAUGCUAACCGAGCCAUUACUGCACCAUCGGUAAGCUGAGCAAACUUGACGUCAUAGGUCCUUACCUGUGGUUAAGUAGUUGUUGUGGUACAAAACCACCAUAUAAUUAUAGCUGGAGAGCAUUAAGGCUCUCUUGGGUCCCAAGGAGUCGCCUAGGGGUGCACUGGGGUGAACAAAGACAAACAAAGGAAAAUGCAAUUUCAAAUGGUGUGAGAUCUUUGUUUGUUCUGUCCCAGUGUGUGCCUUUCUCUCCAGCAUGGUGGUUUUGGGCGGGAGGGGGGGAGGGAAGGAGGGGUUCUUGGGGUAAUUUUUGCUGGGUAUGUGCCGCAGGCCUCUCAGAACCCCUACCCCAUUACAGUCUAUUCUGUGGCCAAAAUUUAAUAUAGACCCUUUCUCGGUCACUUUUGGGAAAAUGUAAUUUUCAUGAUCCCUACUUAGUCUAGUCUGCUACACAGCUGUUUUUAGUGUGUCGUCAUGCAACGCUCCUCCCACGUUGCGUGACGACACUAAAAAGGGCUGUGUAGGAGACUAAACUUAGUCACUUUCUGUUUAUGCAUCUGCCUUAUAAAGCCUUUUAACUUAAAAAUCAUUGUGAAGUGAAUUUACACAUCGAUUAAACUUAAUGAAGUAAAAAUCUUCCUAUUUUGAAAUCCAUUCCUACCUGAAUUUUCUGAUUCCCCAAAUGCAAAAAUGUGUGAUCCUAUUAUAAAAACUCUAUUGAAAAUGCAACCCAAUUACAGUCAAUCCCAGUCAAUCCAGCGGUGAAAAUGUGACCCCAUCCAGUGGUGCAUCCUCAUUACCCUUUUAAUAGGAAGCACUCCCUCCCCCCCCACCCCCCCCCCGUCCCCCGGAUAUGGGGGGGAGUUCACAUGGAACAUAACAAGGACUGGAGGUAUCCACAUUGGGGAAAAUCCGCAGAUUGCUGAUAAAUGAUGUCUUAAUGUAUGGUUAAACGGGGAUUGAGAAAAUUGAAGUUGUACUACAUGAGAGCUAAUAAUCCUGAGCACACUGUGCGAUGAGAUAUUUCGACUUCGCUAUCGUUUCAAAUUUACUGCAAGGAUUGGGUUACCACUUUGGUUCUUCUUCAUCAACAGACGUUUCGUUCUCUCUCUUUAACGACAACUCCAUUGACUGCCACUGGCGUUGCCAGCAUGGUUAAAGUUCAAGUGCGAGUUGAUGACCAAGACACUUCGCAGUUUAGUCGCUUGGCCACUCUCGCUGGUGUGUCUCCGCCAAUAACAGAGGCUGAUCUACAGCUUGCAGAGCAGCGUCAACUGAGGUCACAAUCACGCAAGGAAAAAUCACACUCCAAGCCUGAGGCAACGACAAGUGAGUAUUGAUACUAAGACAUUUGGUAGGGAGCUAGUCACCGAUCAAUAGCUCGCUCCAAGACAAAACCGCCAGCUAUACUCAGGCUUAGGCAACUCUGACAUGUAACUGGUGCAGAGGGAGAGGUCUUUCUAACCAUGCGUCCUUGAAAUAAACAAGAUCAUGUUGAAUAGGCCAGCUCUAUGAACACUGUAAAAAUUAUGGUAAAUGUCCUCUGACCAGAAAAUUCGAAUAACAAUCUUGUUUCACUAUCCACCUACAGUUCCUAAAAAAAAUUACUUUUCCCUCUAAAAUGAAGCCUGCCAAAUGCCUAGUAAAAGAAAACAUGAGGGAGGGGAAGCCAAUGUAGCAGGGGGCUGCAGAAAAAGCAGAACACCUUGAAAUUUUGUUUUCUGUACAUGCAUGGCUGAACUCGAAGGUUAGUUGGGGCAGCUUUAAUGUAAUUAAUGUGACCAGAACAAAAUCUGCAUUUUUCAGCAAAACCU